ACAUACUACUUUUUAUUUUAUAAGGAUGGAGCACGACUUGGAGGCUCAUUUGCUCAAUGAUCUGGUAUGGGAAGACGACGAUAGCGACUUCAGAAACUUUACCCGCAUUAAUUUACUUAAGUUUGAAGAGCUACUAAAAAUGGUGCACAAUCGCAUAAAGAAAAGUGACACGGUAAUGCGAGUAGCUAUUGCACCACGAGUUAAAUUGUGUAUCACGUUACGAUAUAUAGCUACAGGAGACUCAUACAAAUCGUUGGAGUUCUUGUCCAGGGUUUCUAGAAACACAAUAGGCGUCUUUGUGCCUGAAGUUCUAGAAGCCAUAUAUGAAAGUCUUCAAGAUAAGUAUUUAAAAAUGCCCAAUACUGAAAACGAAUGGCAGCAAAUAUCUGACGAUUUUGAGAAAUUCUGGCAGUUCCCACAUACACUAAGUGCACUGGAUGGGAAGCAUAUUCGGAUUAAGGCUCCGGCACAUACAGGCUCCCAUUUUUUUAAUUUUAAGGGCUAUUUUAGCAUAGUGCUGUUUGCUGCUGUUGACGCACAUACGCGCUUCACAUAUAUAAACGUGGGCUGCAAUGGCAAGUCGUCCGACAACACCAUCUAUAGCGACAGCUAUUUAUACCAAAGUCUGAAGAAUGGAACAUUAAAUAUUCCACAACCAAUACAACUGAUCGCCGGUGAAGGAAACGAAAUUCCUUAUUUCUUUAUCGGCGACGAUGCUUUUGCGCAGGACAGAAAUUUAAUGAAGCCAUAUGCCAGAUGCAUGAAAUUAAGCGUGCCGCAGGAGAUUUUUAAUUACAGAAUAUGCCGCGCACGAAUGGUGGUGGAAUGUGCUUUCGGCCGGCUGUCAAAUAGAUUCCGCAUAUUUCACAGACCAAUCGAAGUUCAACCUACAACUGUGGAUGCUAUCGUGAAGGCUUGCUGUGUGCUUCACAAUUAUUUAACUAAGUCAAGAACUCUAACAAUAGUGGCAGAACCAACAGAGCAAACAAUUGUGGAAGCGUUUUCUGCAAUUGGAAACCAAAGCCACAAAACUUAUAAAUAUUCGUGCAGAACUAGGGAUGAGCUGUCACGAUACUUAACCACAUAUGGUAAUGUCGAUUUUCAGUGGCAAAAAAUUAAUAUUCAAUAAAAAUUUGCAUCCACU